UAAAAUAACCAGUAGCAGAAAUUCUAAGGGGCCUACUUGCAUCCGUUUCUCAACGAACCUGUGAUUAUAGUUCUAUUUCACGAAGCUGAUUAUUGGGGGUUAGGGUUUUUGUGCUUUCGCGUUCCUUCAAUCCUGUUAUCUGUAGGAACGCGCCCCGCCCCCGUCGGGUGAAGAUUGUGGAAUUCAAUCCUUUUGAUCUCUCGGCUAGAGUUCUUACCAUUUCGUUUCCUGGGGAUCCGAUAGUUCUCAAUCGCCUCGCCAUUUUAGGUCAGAAGCUUAGAUUUUUAUUAUCUUACAAAAUCUAUGUUUUUUCAUUGCGGCCAUUAUACUCUUCUCAGUUCCUUGCUUUUGCGCGAAUGCACUCAAAUAAGUUCGCUUCCUUCUGCAAUUCGAGAAGAAAAGAUUCCGAUUCUUUGUAGCAGCUCUUUAAGAUGAAACGUCAUGAAUUUCGUUUCCAGACAAUGAGUUAAAAGAUUUUGUGCUGUCAUUCUGUUUUGUGGAUGUAUAAGUUCUCAUUUGUGACUACAUGAGUUCGUUGCUUAUACGAUAAUCUAAUCGCUAAAGAUAUUGGUUGGUUAUUUUUUUUUAGCAAGAGAAACGUUCAUAUAGUUUGGUAUUGAUGCCAUCCUGGCCUGCGAUUACAAACAAAUUAUAUCAGUCAAAUAGCAUCUAUCUGAAGACUGGAUGGACUACUUUUGGAAGAUUUAGCCACACUUGUUCUACUCCUUUGGUUAUCAGUUAUUGCCAAUCUUAAGAGUAUAAGUCUUGUACAGCACUGGACAAAGGGUUCAACGACUAUUAGGUUCCUGACGAUCAUGGUGUCUUCUCUUAGUUCUUUAUCCUGCAAGUUUGAACUGGGCGUGAGGGAGUUAGACAGUUCAAGAAGGAUGAUGAUGAAAUGCUGGUCCAAACCAUCUGAUUUUCAUCAAGGUGAACUUUUGAGGCUAAGCACAAAAUAUGAGCUACCUUCUGGAUUUUUGAGAUUUCCUAGCAAGUUCUGUGAAAUUGCAAGCAUGCCUGCAUUUAAGCCACAACUAUUUGCUUGUGGAGCUGAGGUGGUACGCAGCUUAUAUCCGAGGAGUGGACAAAAGGAUGUCUUAGUGAUAUCGACACUUAUGAGUUACAACAGAAGUCCUCAAUACUGUAAAAGAGUAAGUGGGUGCUUGAGAAAUCGUGAAUCCUGGGGUAAAAAUAUGUUUUACAAGUGUUUCUGGAAUGAUAUGCAAGGUUCUGUGUGGAAAACCGGCCACCAGUUGGAGCCAUGUAUGAAGAAUUUCUCAUCAAGUUCCACACCAUGUUCCACUGGAGCAGUUCCUAAAGCCUCAUAUGAUGGUGUUUCACAGGAAGAGCAGAUUGAAGAAUCUGGAGCUUCCUCUGCUCAGAAGUCCUCUGGUGUUAGAUCCCUGAAGCUGCUCUCGGGUUCAUGUUAUCUUCCUCAUCCAGCAAAGGAGGAAACGGGCGGAGAAGAUGCUCAUUUUAUAUCCACUGAGCAAGCAAUUGGUGUCGCUGAUGGAGUUGGUGGUUGGGCAGAUCUUGGUGUCAAUGCAGGACAUUAUGCGAGAGAGCUGAUGUCCCAUUCAGUAUCGGCAAUUGGGGAAGAGCCCAAAGGUUCCAUUGAUCCGGCAAGGGUUUUGGAGAAAGCUUACUUGAACACGAAAGCUAGAGGGUCUUCAACUGCUUGUAUUGUUGCCCUUACAAAUCAGGGUGUCCAUGCUGUGAAUCUUGGUGACAGCGGCUUCAUUAUUGUAAGGGAUGGAUGUGCAGUAUUCCGUUCGCCUGUUCAACAACAUGACUUCAAUUUUACUUAUCAGCUUGAGAGUGGAAAUUCAAGUGAUUUACCAAGCUCUGGUCAGGUGUUUACAUUCCCUGUUAUUGCUGGAGAUGUGAUUGUUGCCGGAACCGAUGGGCUUUUUGACAACUUGUAUAACAACGAGGUGACGGCCAUUGUUGUUCAUUGCAUCAGAGCUGGAUUGAGCCCUAAGGAUACUGCCCAAAAGAUAGCAGCUCUUGCUCGCAAAUGUGCUCUCGAUAGGAAUCGACAGUCCCCUUUCGCAGCUGCUGCCAAAGACGCCGGUUUUCGAUACUACGGCGGAAAACUCGACGACAUUACCGUCGUCAUUUCUUAUGUUACUUCGGGCGAGCAUUUGAAUUGAAUGCUUUUCUUCUUUGAACUCUGCUUUUCAAAUUCAUUUCCUUUUAGUGCCUAUUUCUAUUCUUAAUGUUGACUGCUCUUUUUGUUCAUAUAAUCAUAGCAUUUGUUGAACAUUGAUUAGCAUCCAAGUUUUAGACAAGAGGGAAUAAAAUUUAGAGGAUUUGGAUUAUUCUUUGGUGUAUUGUGAUUUU